AUGGAGACACUGGGUCUAUUCAGCAACAUGAACAACCUCUCAUUAGAGGACCAAAACUUUGUCUCUCGAUUUGGGCGCGGUCCAAGGUGUUCCACUUCACAUGCCACCGUUCACGAGGCUUUCGAGAGCGUCGUGGACAACCACCCAACCGCCGUGGCUGCUAUAUUCGGAAACGACAGCAUUACUUAUCUUCAACUAGAUCUUGCUGCCAAUCGCCUGGCGCACCACCUCAUCAGCUCAGGUCUCUGUCCCAGGCAAAGAGUAUGUCUCGUUGUACAGCGAUCGAUCGAGAUGCUCGUCGGCUUCUUAGCCAUUCUUAAAGCUGGUUGCCAAUACGUUCCUAUCGACGGAGGUGUUGCCUCAGACCAGGCUCUACAGCACAUCUUCAAGGACACUGAGACACGGUUCAUAUUAUGUCUCCCCAGAUACUGGGACAGGGUGAAGCAGUUUGCGAGUCAAGAAGCUAUUGUCCUUGAGCUGGGAAUGACUACUGGAGCAUUUUAUCCUCCUUCACGGCCAAACAUUGAAGUCACCACGAACGAUGGCGUGUUUGCCAUGUACACAUCAGGAAGCACUGGCGUACCCAAGGGUGUGGACGUCAAACAUGGCACGAUGACUAACCCACUUCUUUCGGAACCUGGAAGACUGGGUAUUACUCUCGGCUCAAAGAUCGGACAGGUCUUGAGCAUCUCUUUCGCGAUGGGCGCAUGGGAAAUGUUAGGAUCACUGAUGAACGGUGGUACGCUAUACCUCCGGGGCUCAGAUUGGGAGGCAACAUUAGAAAAGAUCGAUAUCUUGAUCAGCACCCCUUCCAUACUCUCAAAGUAUGAUCAACAGCGUUACCCAAACAUCAAGACCAUUGCCGUAGCGGGAGAGGCGUGCCCACAAGCUCUCGCGGAUGACUGGGCUCAAGGUCGAAACUUUUACAAUCUACUCGGCGCGACGGAGACAUUCCUUUUCUCUGCACAUCGACACAUUCCGGGCGAAACUCUAUUCAUUGGUCGGCCACUACCCAAUACCACAUGUUACAUACUCGAUGAUGCAGCAGAGCCUGUGAGCGUCGGCGAAAAAGGAACGCUAUGGGUUGGGGGCGCAGGUGUCUCAAAAGGCUACAUCAACCUGCCACUCACCACUGCGGAGAAAUUUCGCCUCGACAAAUUCGCAAAUGACGGAUCCAUGAUGUACAACUUCGGGAACAUCGUCUGCUGGAGAGCAGAUGGCACACUUGAGUCUUUUGGUCGAAUGGAUGAUCAAGUUAAGAUCAAGGGCUUCCGCGUUGAGCUUGAUGGAGUUACUGCUGUCAUUGAGCAAUUCUCUGGUAUCACACGAGCGGCCUCUCUCGUCAUCGAUUCAGUACUCUACGGCUUCUACGCAUCAUCCACCCCUAUUGUCGAACAAGAGCUUGACGCAUAUGUUCGAAAGUGCCUGCCCUACUACUCCGUACCUGAACGAUGGAUAUCAGUUCAAGACGUCCCGUUGAACCCCAACGGCAAGGUCGACAAGACUCAGCUCAAAGCUUUGGCUGCGGAAUUCCCCGUCUCGAAACCAGACGUCGCGCCAACCAGAGGAGCACACACGCGACACGACUCAGCCUUCGACACCCUGAUAGUACCCGCGAAACCUGUAGACACCCACUCCGUGGUUGCUGAAGAAGUUACUCGGGCAUCUUCUCACGACGUUGACCUUGAGAAAGGACCUCAAUUCAACAAUAUCGAGGAGCGCUCCUCCUCUGGAAGCGACAGACCGUACGAGCUACCCAUCACACUACCAGAGGUGCGGGGCUCCCCCACGCAAGCCUGGCUACGACAUCGAGGACUCAUCGCCUAUCGCUGGCUUCUCCUUCCAGUCUUUCUCGCAAACAUUGGAGUCGCGUGCUGGCUUCUUUACGACAACAUCAAACGCCAGGAAUACCCACUUUCGUCGACCGCAACGGCUACUGCUGCGAACCUCUGCGCUGCGAUUCUGGUACGGUCGGAACCGGUCAUCAAUCUUUUGUUUACUAUUUUCUCCUCGGUUCCUACUUGGGUGCCCCUUGGGAUACGGCGCAUCUGUGCGAACGUCUUCCAUAUCGGCGGAAUCCAUGUCGGCUGCGCGAUGGCCGCAGUGAUCUGGUUCAUCAUCUUUACCGUCGGUGCCAGUCUCGAGAUCGCCAAAGACGUUGACGUGAGAAUUCUUUCACUAGCACCAGCGAUACUGUCUUACGUCAUCAUUGUUCUACUCCUUGCGAUGACAGCACUGUCGCACCCUGUCCUUCGCAGUCGAUACCACGACUUAUGGGAGAACCUGCAUCGCUUCGGUGGAUGGACGGUACUCAUCCUCUACUGGGUGCUUGUUGGUCUGUCUACAAAGGAACUGAGCCGUGGAUCAGGCAUGUCGACCUCGGAGGCAUACCUGCGAAACCCGUCACUCUGGCUCAUUGUGAUCGCGACUUGCGCCAUCAUCUUUCCCUGGCUAUUCCUCCGUCGUGUCUCCGUCAGACCCGAAGUCCUGUCCUCUCAUGCUAUUCGCCUGCAUUUUGAUUCGCCCAUCGUGCCAGGUAAGGGUGUUCGUCUUGCGCAACAUCCACUUCGCGACUGGCAUGGAUUUGCCACAAUCACCAAUGCGCCUGAAGGAAAGGGUUACUCGGUAAUCAUCAGCCGAGCUGGAGACUUCACAGGUCACAUCAUCGACACUGCUCCUACACAUAUCUGGAGACGCGGUAUCCCUACUUCUGGCGUUCUGCGAAUUGCAACCUUGUUUAAGAGCGUUGUAGUAGUCGCAACAGGAUCCGGUAUUGGUCCAUGCCUCUCUAUCUUCCCAUACAAGCACAUCGCCAUGCGCAUUCUCUGGACAGCACCCAACCACGAAGCUACUUUUGGGAAAUCCCUCGUCGAUGAUGUUCGCAGACGAGACCCGAAUGCAGUUAUACACAACACCCGUAUGUCUGGAAAGCCUGAUAUGAGCCUCUUGACAUAUCAACUAUACAAGGAGAGCGGUGCCGAGGCGGUGCUGGUCAUCAGCAACAAGCAGUUUACACAGCAGAUUGUGUUUGACAUGCAGAAGAGAGGAAUUCCGGCAUAUGGUGCGAUUUUUGACUCAUAGGUAACCGAAGGCAUUCGGGCUAUGACUUAUUAACGUGUUGACAUAGAUUACUAAGUAUUGACUUAAUGAAUGAAACGGCUGUUCUAACAUGA